AUGUCAGGUCCUCCACCUCCUUAUGAAGAGCAGAGCUCACACCUUUACGGCCAGCCUGCAAGGGACAGCCAAGACGGAAAUGCUUUCAUCCCAGAAGAUUUUAAAUAUUCCACAGUGGUCGUCUCAUGCGAACCCAUCAUCCGCCAGCGGUUUAUGCACAGGGUUUACUCUCUGUUGUCAUGUCAGUUACUAGCCAGUUUGUCGUUCAGCUACUGGGCAAGCGUUUCCACUUCUUUGCAGAAUUUUAUCAUGUCACAUAUCGCCAUCUUCUAUAUCUGUAUGGUGGUGUCACUCGUAUCGUGCAUUUGGUUAGCAGUAAGUCCUCGUCCUGAGGACUAUGAGGCCAGUGUUCCUGAGCCAUUGCUCACGGGCCACAACGAAGAAUCGACACAAGCACAAAGACGCCUGCCUUGGUACGUUUUGUCCUCGUACAAACAAAAGUUGACGCUGCUCUCCAUUUUCACACUCUCCGAGGCAUACUGUCUGUCACUGGUCACCCUGGCAUAUGAUAAGGAUACAGUACUUUCAGCGCUGCUGAUCACCACCAUCGUAGUGGUCGGUGUCUCCUUAACCGCACUGUCAGAGAGGUUCGAGAACGUGCUGAACUCCGCGACGUCAAUAUACUACUGGUUAAACUGGGGCCUAUGGAUCAUGAUCGGGAUGGGCCUCACGGCCUUGCUUUUCGGCUGGAAUACCCACUCUUCCAAGUUUAACCUGCUUUACGGGUGGCUAGGUGCCAUUUUGUUCACUGCGUACCUUUUUAUCGACACGCAGUUGAUUUUCAGGAAAGUGUACCCUGAUGAGGAAGUUAGGUGUGCCAUGAUGCUUUAUCUAGACAUUGUCAAUUUGUUUCUGUCCAUCUUGAGGAUUCUGGCCAAUUCUAACGACGACAAUUGA